GCAGCCGGAGGUCGGGCGUCACUUCCGGUGGGUGGGGUCCAGCAGCCGGAGUUCGGGCCGACUGGUCGCGGAGCCCCGUAGCCGCCAUGACGCACUGGUUCCACCGCAACCCGCUGAAGGCCACGGCGCCCGCAUCCUUCAACCUGUACGGGGUGGCCACCACCGGCGCCGCCGCCAAGGCCUGCAGUGACAUGAGGAGCGCAAGGAUCAAACUUCUGGAGUUAUUUACCGAUGUAAAUUGUAACAUGGAAAAGAUGAAAACGGCAGUCGAUGCAUACUUUUCUGUCUUGCUAGGUUUCAUAACAUCACUGGAUGGCACCACACAAGAAAACAAGCUGCGUUUCAUUCAGAACUUCAAAUGGACUGACACCUUGCAGGGUAACACAGUGAGUGCCCAGCAGGAUGCCAUCUUCGAUCUGGUCUCGAUGGAGUUUAACGUGGCUCUAUGGCACACCAAGCAUGCCUCCAGGCUGGCGGGGAAGGAGGACGUCUCCGUGGAUGAAGCAAAAGAUGUGCACAGGAGCUUAAAGACUGCAGCUGGAAUCUUCAAGCAUAUCAAGGACAAUGAAGUAAGCAGACUUGUGACGGCGCCUGAGAAAGGCAAGGACCUGGAAUCUCGGGUGCUGGACACCUACAUCAUUCAGAGCCAGGCCGAGGCUCAGGAAGUGACCAUCGCGAGAGCCAUUGAACUAAAACACAAUUCGGGUCUCAUCGCAGCUCUGGCUUAUGAAACAGCCAACUUCUACCAGAAGGCUGAUCACACCCUCACCACCUUGGAUCCGAGCUACUCUGCUAAAUGGAGAAAGUACCUGCAGCUCAAAAACAGCUUCUACCUGGCUUACGCCUAUUGCUACCACGGCCAGACCCUGCUGGCCAGCGACAAAUGUGGGGAAGCCAUCCGAUCUCUCCAAGAAGCAGAGAAGUGUGAGUAUGUUGGUCUGGCUCGGAGUGGCCCAGACUGUGUGUGGUGAAGGAGACAUUGUUCUCUGGCUGUGGGGGUGGCGUGUUGUUGCUUACAGGAGUCAUGGGCGUUGAAACGUUAAGCCAAGACCAGAGUUUUUUUUAACAAGGGAGCUUUUAUUCAAUUAAUCACAGAUACAGAGUACUGGAAAGAUCAAAACUGCCCAGCAAUUUGCAUACAUCAAUCAAAGUCAUCAAAUUUUAACCAUGUCAUCCUUAUCCACAAUGCACUUUCCCCCCGCAGUGACCAGCGUUCACGGAAAGCCUCUAGAGUCCCCAUGGACACUGCAUGUUCCCCAGGCCAGUGGCGGCUGGUGUCUGGUGCUAUGGGA